ACUUCACUCGUAUUGAUUGUAUUGUCAUGGGACUGAUCCAGUGCAGCACACAACCAUGGUUAUUAGUCUACUCUCUACAGAAGUGGUAGCUAGCAGACGGGUUUGCGUUAGUCACAAGUGUGUAGGCACUGACACUUCAAUUUACAACUUCGCAGUUGAGUGUAUGUGAGAACUACGUCUAGUAGGUAUACCCAGACCAAGGAGAAUGAACUCAUUUCGGGGAAAUGCAACUCAUGGACGGGACCCUGACAACUGCAGGUUUACUGUGGAGGGUUGUCCCAGCGGAGAGUCGCCGUUCCCUCUUGAUCUGAAUACCAGGAAAAUUCUUCACUCAUCCGAGUAUGCGCGGUGUAACAGCCGGCCACCACCCGAGGGCGCUGGGUCGGUGACCGUCUCCGAGUCAGAGAGAAGGGACGGCAAAGGAAGCUUUUGCCAACAAUGUCAAAUUAAUGUGACUGAGCUGAAGAGGCAAGCGCUGGCCUUGGCAGACCCAAGUUCACUAAAGGACCCUGGCUACGCAGCCUUCCUAUUCGACCAGCUCCAAGUGCCUGGGAGCCAUGAGGGCUGCUGUCAGGUGUGUUCUACGCCUCUCCACCAGCUGAGGCAGGAGGCCCUGCAGACAGUAGGCGCCCCGCACGGGGCCCUGACCCUGAGCCAUGACAUGCCUGCUCUGCCCUCCACCACCCUCUCUGGGCAACCUCAUAAACUGACACUCUCCUCCUCCAAUGCCCAAGUGAGGCAGCCUUCCAAAGCCCAUGCCCAAGCCCACACCAUUCUGCCCCUGAGGGAGAGUUGGCACAGGGGGCAGGACUGUCCGCAGGGCUCCUCUGUCUCUGCUGGGCCCAAGACCAGUGUCCAGGUGACAGUGGGGGGAGGGCAGCUGACUGGGACCCUGGGAUCGGUCACCAUCCAGGCCCAGCAGUACCUUGAGGGCAUGUGGAGCAUCUCCAGAGUCAACAACUUCCUCCCUCAGCCCAGCCCAGCACAGGGUCUGAUGGGGGACGUAGAGAAGGAUGUUCCUGUCCCUGCUUCGGAGGCCCCUGUCCACAGCUCCAACUGUAGUCUGACCCCCAGCCGACAGAGGAGCUCCGUCCAGCUGGGACAGUGUGACGUCACCCCCCCUGCCCCUGGCCACACCUCCACAACCACCUCCACUCAGAGUGCAUCCGCUGCAGCCUCCUUCUUCAUCAGGGCAGCUCAGAAGCUGAACCUCUCGUCCAAGCGGAAGAAGCACCAGCCUCCCUCCCUGCUGCACCCUGGAGCCCAGGAGCCCUCCAUCUACCCCACCAACUUCAGCGGCAUCCUGCAGCUCUCGCCACCCCCCGCCCCGCCAUGCCUGCUCCGCGCUGUCUCAAAGGUCAAGGAGAACCCUGGGAUGGGAAAGGUAAAAGUGAUGAUGCGUAUCUGCCCAUCCCUGGAGGCUCCUGAUUCGUCAGAGUCCAUGUCCUUCCUGAAGGUGGACCCCAGGAAGAAGCAGCUAACCCUUUACGACCCCUCGGUCAACGACCGCGCCAACUCAGGGCACAGGAGAGCCACCGUGGCUGUCCCAAAGAUCUUCGCCUUCGACGCAGUGUUUACCCAGGAUGCCUCUCAAGCAGAGGUGUGUUCAGGGACAGUGUCUGAGGUCAUCCAGUCUGUGGUGAACGGUGCGGACGGUUGCAUCUUCUGCUUCGGGCAUGUCAAGCUUGGCAAGACAUACACUAUGAUUGGCAAAGACGGCUCCACCCAGAACCUCGGCAUCGUGCCCUGCGCCAUCUCCUGGCUCUUCACGCUCAUCAACGAGCGUAAGGAGAAGACGGCCACGCGCUUCUCUGUCCGCGUGUCUGCCGUGGAGAUCUGUGGGAAGGACGAGGCGCUGAAGGACCUUCUGUCUGAGGUGUCCACGGGAAGCGUUCAGGACGGUCAGUCCCCAGGGGUCUACCUGCGUGAGGACCCUAUCUGUGGCACUCAGCUCCAGAACCAGAGUGAGCUCCGCGCCCCCACGGCAGAGAAGGCAGCCUUCUUCCUGGACGCGGCCAUCGCAGCACGCAGCACCAGCAAGCCCGACUCAGAUGAGGAAGAGAGACGCAACUCUCACAUGCUGUUCACACUGCACAUCUACCAGUACCGCAUGGAGAAGAGUGGCAAGGGAGGCAUGUCGGGUGGACGGAGCAGGCUGCACCUCAUAGACUUGGGGAGCUGUGAGAAGGUCCUCAGUAAGAGCCGAGACGGAGGGGGAGGCCUGUGUCUGUCUCUCACUGCACUGGGAAACGUUAUCAUGGCUUUAGCCAAUGGAGCCAAGCACGUACCUUACAGGGACAGCAAACUGACGAUGCUGCUGAGAGAGUCGCUGGGGAACAUUAACUGCAGAACUACAAUGAUCGCCCACAUCUCGGACUCCCCUGCCAACUACACUGACUCCCUCACCACCAUCCAGCUGGCCUCACGCAUCCACCGCAUGAGGAAGAAGAAGUCCAAGUAUGCAUCCAGUUCCUCUGGAGGGGAGAGCUCCUGUGAGGAGGGGAGGAUCCGUCGGCCACCUCACCUCAGACCCUUCCACCCCCGGACGGUGGCCCUGGACCCAGACCUGCCCUCCCUGCUCAGCGACCCAGACUACUCCUCCAGCAGCGAACAGUCCUGUGACACCGUCAUCUAUGUGGGGCCGGGGGGCGCCACCAUCUCAGACCGGGAGCUAAGUGACAAUGAGGGCCCCCCCACCUUUGUUCCCAUCAUCCCCUCCCUGAACAGGAAGCGAUCUGGGAAGGAGGGUCCCCUGGACAGGGAUCACUUCUUCAAGUGCAACACGUUUGCUGAGCUGCAGGAGCGCCUGGAGUGUAUCGACGGCAGCGAGGCACCUACAGCGUUUGUUGGAGAGGGCAGGGGAAGUCAGGCCAGCCCCAAGGUGGACAGCAAAGCAAAGGAAUGCCCUGGCUCUGUUUCCCCAAAGACUGUAACUAAAGCCUCCUCCUCCCAGGAGAACAUAUCACCUAAACUUGCUCCUAAAUCUGUAGCCACUCCUCCAUCCAGUAGUCCCCAUAUCAGCCCUUCUAAGUCUAAACUGGAACAUUCCAGAGGGGCUUCACAGAGCAUAUGUAGAACAAGUGCUGAUGGUGAGAAGGUAAUGACAUCAGAGAGCAGAGCAAGCCCAAUCAAACAGGGUAUGGCCAUGGUGCCAGCCUCUGAGCCAGUAGUACGGGAGAAGGUUUACUUCAACAAGAAGCCCUUACCCAAGCCUGCUCCCCCUCCCCCACAGCAGAGAGACUCACGCAGGGGCAACGGAGAGGCAGAGGAGAGGUCCCCCACUAGAAUGCCCCCCGUGGGAAUGAGCCAUCAGGUUGGAAAGCAGGGGGAGUCUGGGGACCCUUUCCUUGAUAGGACCCAGACCAGGGGUACUGUAGAGGUGUGCCAGCUACGCUCCACCCUGAGAGAGAGGUGCCUGGACAGGGACAUCCUCCGGGCUACGGUCACCCUGCAGCAACCUGUGGAGUUGAAUGGAGAGGAUGAGCUGGUGUUCACUGUGGUGGAGGAGCUUUCCAUCGGCAGCAUCUUAGACAGCGGGCGGCCCUCCAGCAUCAUCAGCUUCAACAGUGACUGCUCCCUGCAGGCCCUUGCCUCCGGCUCCCGGCCAGUCAGCAUCAUUAGCAGCAUCAACGACGAGUUUGACGCCUACACAUCUGCUGUGGGGGGUGCAGAGGUCAACAUCGAGGUGCUCACCCCCUUACAGGAUGACUCAUUUGUGUGUGUGGGCAGCAGGGGCUCAUCCAUCAGCUCCUGGCUCAGCGAGGUCAGCGUCUGUACUCUGGAGAGUAAAAGGGGACACUCUGCAGACGUUUUCCUCCCACAGACGAAGCACAUCGGCCCAGACGGCACCUUCUACCUGGAUUCCCUGGGUAUGUUCCACUGUGAAUCAUCCCGAAGGGAUGCCAAGAACUCCCUGAACGACAGUGGCUUUAGCUUUUCUGAUCUGGACAGUGACAGCACAGCAUCUAGCAAACUGUCCCUGACAAAGUGCCCUAUGUCUCCCGAGUCAACCAAAGGAUCCCUCAGAUUCCCAUCCAAAACAGCUAAAGUUAACUCUCUCAGAUCCUCCUCCCAAACCUCCCAGGGCCCUUACAUAGUCCACUCCAGUCUUCCCAGGAAAGUGAAACCUACCUCAUUAAUAGCCUAUAGUAGUAGCAGCAGUUGUGAACCACAGAGACAGGAAGUCAAGCAGGAGGACCCCUGGCAGCGCAUCGUCAACCACUCUGAAUCUCAGCUUCCAGACUCCAGCGCCACCAGCAAGCUCCCCAGAACCCCAGUAAGUGGCAUUCCCUGCCGCAAAGCUGGUGUUGUCAACAGCAAUGGUGUAUCUCGCCCACCCAAGGUGCAGGGUUCAACCUCAGCCCAGAGGGUGGUGGACGGCUGUGAGAAGUCCACCAGUAAGAAAGCGGAGCCCCCCAGCAAGAUGCCUCAGCUCAGACGAGGAGCCACCACUCUGGGCACUGUGCCUGUCAUCCACGUCUCCCCAGAGACCAAGGCCACAACCCAGAACAUCACCACUACAACCAACAUUCUCAAAUUCUCCUCUCUGGGGAAGAAUGGAAAGGCAAAUGGGCAGCAAGCGAGCAUGCUCCCCAAACCUGGUGGUACCUCACCUCCUCCACCUCCAGUGCGCAAGUCCAGUCUGGAUCAGAAGAACAGGCCUCUGCUGCCCCAAAGUGCCUUAAAGUCUGCGUCCGGUGAAGCAGGGAGGCCCAAACUUACCAGAGGGGCGGUGUCAGAGGAUGAGCUAGAGAUCCGCUGCAGAGUAAACUCCAACAGCCUCAAAACCUCCAGCCUCAGAGGUGACUACACCCCGGCCAAAGCCACAUCCAGUCUGAGGGCCAGAGGAGAUGCUAGUCGGCAGCAUUACAGCAGUCAGAUGUCUCUGGAAAGGAGUGACAGCAUGUCCAUGGUGGGCUCCAAGCCCACUCUCAGUCGAGAAAACAGUGGAGCCACCCUGGGCUGCAGCAAGUCCAGCAGAUCCAUUCCCAGAUUCGGUGUACCAAACUCAACCAGCUCUCCCAUUGCUACAUCCCCAACUUCCCCCUGUUGUGCUACAGAUGCUCUAGGUAAACCUGGGCAGGUCAAAGGUAGUGUUAACCCCAGAGCGUUAGGAGCGGUCAAUGGAAGUAAGGACCGUUCGUUGUCAGCGAGCAACUCUAAGGGCCUGAGCUCCUCCACAAAGUCCCUGGCAGCUCCAGCAACCAGGAACCCCAAUGCCAACCUUCCCCCGACUGGCAAGACCUCCGCCCCACGAGCCACGGCAGCCGUCAGCAGCAGGCCUGGCCGGGGGACCAUCAUGGGCACCAAGCAUGCUAUGCGGGCAGCCAACAGCCGGGUCAGUGAGCUGGCGUCAGGCAGCACAUCAGGCAAACACCUGAGGGGCUCAGGGGACUCUGACAGUGGUAAUGACAGUGGGGUGAACCUGAGUGAUGACAAGUCCCCCGUGGCCAUGCUGCCCUCCCCCUACAGUAAGAUCACUGCCCCCAGGAGGCCGCAGCGCUACAGCAGUGGCCAUGGCAGUGACAAUAGCAGUGUUCUGAGUGGAGAGCUGCCCCCAGCUAUGGGCCGCACAGCCCUCUUCUACCACAGCGGGGGCAGCAGUGGUUAUGAGAGCAUGAUCCGGGACAGCGAGGCCACAGGUAGCGCCUCCUCUGCACACGACUCAAUGAGUGAGAGUGGAAUGUCCUCCUCAGGCCGCCCCCGGACAUCCAAAUCCCCCAAGAAACGCAAUGGGCUACAGCGGAGGCGGCUCAUCCCGGCCCCCCUGCCAGACACCUCGUCACUGGGGAAGAAGGCUGGCACAGCUGGCCAGUGGGUGGACCUCCCGCCCAUGUCAGGACCACUGAAGGAACCCUUCGAGAUCAAGGUGUACGAGAUCGACGAUGUGGAACGGCUCCAGAGGCGACGACAGGAGGACUUGAUUGAGCAGCCAUUCCAGGAUGUUGAGAAGGGCCUGCUGUACUUCAACAGUAAGCUGAAGGUUCUGGAGCGGCGGCAGCAGCAGAUUAGGGAGCUGAAGGUCAAACAUGAGGCACUUAAGGAAGAGCUAGAGGACACCAAGACCCUGCUGAUGAUGGACCCUUGCAAGUGGAUAGGAGAGUUUGAGGUGGACCAGGAUUUGGACAAGGAGUCCCAGGAGUACCUGCAGGCCCUGGGUCAGGUCACAGAGGAGCUGGAGUUCUGUGUCAACCUAUGCAAGUCACGUGUCAUGAUGGUGACCUGCUUCGACAUCAGUGUGGCAUCACCGCCCAACACUCAAGAGGGACUGCGAGAAGUGGAAGUCUGACAAUGAGCAAAAGAAGAGAUGGAGAAUCAAGGAAGUGAGAAAGGAAGAAUGAUGAAAUGUAGCAGCCAGUUCAUAGUUAUUGCUGGAAUGAAGUGACAAGAAAAACAAAAAAAGACAAAAGAUGAGACAAACGGGUUGGGUGUCUUUGCAUGGAGACAGGAGAUCUGAACCGACUUAUCUGCAGUGCCUCGUUCUGGACAUGUUCAUGUUGGAAUGGGAGUUAAGUGUGUGCACAGACACAACCGUUUCUGUUUUCCAGCAUGAUGGGAGAGAGGCCAUCAUUUACCCAAGAGUCAUUCAACGAGACCCGGAAGUGCCUUUUUCACUCGACUUAUUUUGAGUCAUUAUUUUUUGUAUGGUGCUAGUAUCAUAACCAGCAUACCUAAGCAAACCCUGAACAUAUUCCUUUUAAGAAAUAAUUAUUUUAUAUUGCAUUGUAUAGUGUAUUUAUAUGAUUAUGCUGUGUGUAAAAUAUAAUUUCUAGGUAAAAAAGAAGACAAAAAAGAAGAGCAAUAAGCUAAUGUUAUUGCGUUCCCAAACUUGGCCUUUUCUCAUGUUUCAAACCAACCUCAGUCAGCAUUUUGCCCAUCUUCAUGCAGCCUCUUGCGCCUUAUGUUAUCUUUCUGGUUCAGUAGUCUACCUUUUAAAACAGGUAUGUGUUAUCUUGUCAAGGACUCAAUUUACUGUUAUCACUCAGCCACUGCCAGCUGAAAGCUAGCAGGGUUGAGUAAAUGUUUCUUCCCUCCAGUUGCCUUGAUCACAAGGGGCCCCAGUGGAGGUGCUGAGAUGGGUGAUGGUGGAGGUGUAGAAGAAGGGGAGAGGAAAGUAUGUGGUAUGUGGGGCGGAGAUGUGUUUGCCCUUGUUUAUUUCAUUGGAGAUGUGGCAACGGCAGAACACAUCAAUCAGAGGGGUCUACAUACAGGACCUGCUCCCAACAGGCUGUGUGUACGCCAUGAUUCAUGGGUGUGACAGUUGGCUCUCCCCAGUGCUCUGUGCUAGGGGUGUCCAGAGUCAACCUGACAGACCUCUGUCACCCUCCCUGUACCCCCAGAGCGAUGGGGAAGCAUGCUGAGUAUUAUUCCCAAGGCACAGAGGUGCUCGUCAGUGCGUCUAUUUUAUCCCUAGAUGGGCCUCUACUGGGUUCUACUGACACAAACAAAAGGGCAUAGAUGAGAUGCCACAAGCAAGGGUCAUUCUAUGGCUAUUUUGUGGUGUGCUCUUUUAAGUGGUGCCAAGCCUUGGUUCUAUGCAUUCCAACAUUCUCACUUACACUAUAAGAUUAACCUCCACAAAGCACUAAGAUCAACAGCACAGACAGUUUGCAAUGACUCAGAACCCUCUCGAGUUAUGCUUCAAAGCUACACAUAUUACACAGAUAGCACUUCUCUCCAACCUUCUACUUUCUUUACUAAUUUAACCGGAUGUCUCAAUCAAAGACUAGGAUAGGCUCCAAGAGGACAGCGUCCUAAAUAAAGGCCAUGAGAAACCACAGUUUCCCUUGUUUACAUGCAGUGAAGAAAUUGCCGCCAUCAGAUUUAGACGUUUUUUGGCAAAUACAAUCAAUCAACUAGCUGUAUGUAGCUGCCAGAAUGUUUGUGUUUUAACACUUCUCUGAAAAUGGUGUGGACAAAGAAGAUUAACUGGUUUUGGUUAUCUAGAGUAAGAAACUGGAUUUGGUUGUAUUUUGAUGUGUUUGAUUUAUGUAACUAAAAUAUUCAUUUGUUUUCUUUCCUCUUACAAAGAUAUACCCUCAGGCCCUUUCUGAAGAUGCUGCAUGAGAUUUUUUUAUUAAUUUGUAAGAAUGAUUUCUAUUCCAUUUUUACCAUUUAGAUUUUUAUAAUAUCUUUGGCUCUCGAUCAUGCUCGGUUAGUUUCAUGACUAUUAGCAAACUAAAACAUUUUUUUCAAGAAAGUUGAUGUAUGUCAUAUUUCAUAUCAAAACCCAUAUUUUCUAAUGUCUUUGGUUUUGUAAAGGAUUUUCUGACCCUGUGUAAAAAUGUAUGAUAUGGCAGCUCGUGUUGAGUUUUCUCUGUGAAUAAAGUCUUUCUUCCUA